AUGGUUCAAAGUCCACUCUCAUACAGCAGUCUAUCUCCGCACCAAUCCACCAUCACCACCACCACAGCAGCCAUUGCGGCCCUUUCGACUGGGGAUAAUGAAGCGUCCCAAGAGUGCAGCGAAUCUCUAGCUAGCUCGGAGUCUUCUGAUCAACUCAGCGACGGUCAAUGUCAUCAUCGGCCGUCCAAGGCAUCAGUCCACGUUGAUCAAGAAGAGGCUCCAGCUUACGGAGAGCUCGACCCAAGAUUUCAGCAGGACAUAUGGGUGCGUCCCAAACCUCCAGGCGAUGAGUCGUUUGCAAUCGAACUCCUCUGGUGGGCAGCCGCUGCUGGUCAGUACGGCGAUGGGGAAGAAUUCCCAAUCUUCAUUCUCCGACAUCGCAACGCUUCCAGGUGUCCUUCAGGUGUACGAUGUCCCUCCAGUCACUGGGAGCUUAUUGCAGAUGACCUACCUGCUAAGGAAAAGGGAUGCAUCGAGUUGCAGCUCGUAUGCUUGUCUACUAGGCAUGUUGAGUUGCAGAUGAGUGGCAUGAAUAACGGCUACUUCUAUGACGAUCGGGACUUGAUCACUAUCCCUCCAUGCCGACUUCACAACGAUCUCUUGCCGGAUUUUAGUAGCGUGACAGCAGCAGGGUAUCAAGUGGUGCUCUUUCGACUUAUUGAAAGCUGGGAGGACAAGAGACUAACUGGAGUUGUUGAUGGGGGUAUUUGGAUGGAUAACCAUGGUCGUCAACUUUUUGAUAUAAGCAGAUACUGUGGGAAUACAUCAGAGAUGCAUUCAGGUGAUGGCCAUACUGAGCUCUAG